GUGCAGGUUCAUCAGUGGCUGAUUCGUGGUAAACCCAUUAUGUGCCUACAGCUUAGCGUACACGGGGCCAAUCGAUCGUUUUUGCUCUUCGGGCAAACCGCAGCAUAGGAGCCAUCCCCCGCCGAGAGCAGUCGUCAAAUCUCUCUUGGUUGCUAAAACUAGUCUUAGAAGAAGGCAUCGGAUAACAAGUUGAAGAAUCUGUUUGAAGGUCAAAGCCCUCAAUAAUACAGCGGAACCCUCUGACUAUUCUCUGAAAGCUCUUGUAUAACAUAGGCUUGCACUGCUCUAUUGCAUUCCCUUCCUUCUCUGCAUUCGAGCUUCAUGUUGCCAGCAACUCGAGCCUGGAAUAGUCUCACAAUUUCCCGAGCCAGAGAAUCAAAUCCCAAUAGCAACAGCAACCGCAGCAGCAACCGCAGCAGCAACCGCAAGCAACCACAGCAGCCAUCAACAGCACAAGCUCGUACAGGAAGCGUCUCAUUACGCACCACCAAAAGCACCAUUAAUACCUCCAACUCGAACGCCGCAGCUUCUCGCGCCUUUGCCCAACAAGCCGCCCGAGCCACAUUAGCCACAAUGAUGAAUACCAACGCCGGUGCCAAGAAUGCCCCAUCCGGUUCGUCCGGUGAACAACCUCUCCACUGCGGUAAGUGGACCCCCGAAGAAGAGGCGUACGUGCAGUGCCUCAUUGAAGAGUUCCAAGCGGGCUAUUUGCCCAUUCGCGAAGGCACCAGUCUCCGCAGUUUCCUCUCCAAGAUGCUCAACUGCAAGCCCAAGCGCAUCAGUAAGAAAUUCGAGGGAAGCGACUACAAUGGCAAGCAAGUCUACGUCAGCCAGCCCUACAAAUUGACGGCCGAAGAAGCACGAGAACGUCGCGACCGAUUGUGCACUCUGGAGCGAAAGUUUCACCAGAGUGUGGCCGAACUCAAGAACGCCGAAGGAGGAGGAGGAGGCAAACCAUCCUAUGAAGAACCACUCGAUGCCGCCGCCGCUGCCAUUGGAGGAGCCGCUUCUCUGCCCGGUGGCGCAUCCGCAUCGGCUCGCAACAACAUGGGCGGCAUGAACCUCUCCAUGAAUCCCAUGAAUAUGAACAUGAACUCCAUGAAUAUGAAUGCCAUGAAUAUGAAUUCCAUGAAUGCUUCUGGCAUGGGAGUGGGAGCCAUGGGGGGACAAAUGAACCAGAUGAAUUCCAUGAAUAGAGCACCCUCUCCAAGUGUCCACGAGCCUCUCUUUUCCUCUGCUGCUGCUGGACAAGGAAACGCCUCCUCUUCAUCUUCCCAACAGCAGCCUCUCCAGCAGCAACAGUUCCUCGAAGAAUUGGCCUUUCAAGACAGCAUGCUCCGUUUGCGUCAACAGCAAGCUCAGCAACAGGCAGCACAACAGCAGCAAGCCCAGCAACAGGCGGCUGCUCAGCAGCAAGCACAGCAACAGCAGCAGUCGGGACAAGGACAAGGAAAUGGUUCCAAUGGUGCUGCUGGAUCGGCUGCUGCCGGAUCCUACGUCGACCCCAUCUUGGGAAGUCUCGCUCUCAGUCAGAAUGCUGUCAACACCACUCCUUUAGCUGCUUCCCAGUACUGGAGACGUCAAGCACUCCUAGAGGCAUCCACGCACUUGGACUCCCUUCGCAUGGCCCAGGCUGGAGCCAUUGGCAUUCAAAGGCCGACACUCGAACCCGGUGGUCUUCGUGAUCUUCGCAUGCCGGCUCACCUCGGAGGAGCCAUGCCCAACGGUGGACAGUUUGCCGAUUCAUCCUCCUCGGACAAUGCUGCCGCUGCAGCCUCUCUCGAUUCCUCUUUCCACAAAAAGCGCCGUGUCUCGGAUGCUGCCACGAACAUGACCUUGCAGCAGCAAAUGGCCAUGAACAAGGACAAUUCCAUGGCUCCCGGACCCGGUGGAAACAUUGCGAAGCGCAUGAGACGUGACGAUGCCUCGUCUUCAGAAGAGCUACAACAACAGAUUCAGCACCAACAGCAGCAGCUCGCCAACCUCCAAGGAGGUUUGGGACCAGGAGCACAAGGCUUCAACAACCAAUUCCUUCGUUAGUCCCACUAACGAACGACAAAACCACAAAGAAUGCAUGGCGAUGCGAUGCGAUGACAUGCGAGGGGCGAUGCAAAGGCGACAAAGACGACGAGGAAGGAAGGAAAUCAAUCAAGCAAAAAGUAUGUGGCAAGUGGUAACAACAGCGGCCAUGUCAACCCGCUUUUCCUUUUGUGUGUGUGAUGGAGUGCCGUCGAAGAGGGACUGACAGCUCCAUUGAUGUAUAAAGACGAAUUCAAUUAAAAUGAAACAUCCAUAAUAGUAUCAAUACC